GGCUGUAAAGUUAGAGCUCAUCAAGUCAAGAGUGGUAAGAAAGAGUUCAGUGAAUCAGAGAUUGCGUAGCAAUGGCGGAGACUUACGUACAAGAAGAGCAUCUCGAUGUUCUCACUAAAACUGGUCAGAAAACUGGCCUUUCUAAGACCAGGGUAGAUGUUCAUCGAGAUGGAGAUUACCAUCGAGCUGUCCAUGUGUGGAUUUUUGCUGAGAGUACACAGGAGCUACUUCUCCAACGACGUGCUGACUGUAAAGAUUCAUGGCCGGGGUUGUGGGAUAUCUCAAGUGCUGGACAUAUAGCAGCUGGUGAUUCAUCACUUAUAACAGCCCAGAGGGAGCUUCAUGAAGAGCUUGGUGUAAACCUUCCUAAAGAUGCAUUUGAGUUGAUUUUUGUUUUUCUCCAAGAGUGUGUCAUUAAUGAUGGGAAGUUCAUCAAUAAUGAAUAUAAUGACGUUUAUCUCAUAACAACUCUAGAUCCAAUUCCUUUGGAGGCCUUUACGCUUCAGGAAACAGAGGUUUCUGCUGUAAAAUAUAUUGCUUAUGAGGAAUAUAGAAGCUUACUUGCCAAAGAAGAUCCUGAGUAUGUCCCUUAUGACAUUGAUGGACAAUAUGGUCAACUCUUUGAUAUAAUUACUCAAAGGUACAAAGAGAACACCAUGGAGCGCAGUUUGUCUCUACAAAAGAAAUUGCGUCGAUAUGCUCCGGUUACCCUAAGUGCAGAGUUGACUGGGCUUUCAGAUGCAGACAAGGAGGCUCUGGGUUUACUUAUUAAGGCUGCAACAAUUAUGGAUGAAAUCUUUCACUGGCAGGUUUGGUACAGCAAUCCAGUUCUACGAGAUUGGUUGAAGAAGCAAUCUAAUUCAUCAGAAUUAGACAAGUUAAAGUGGAUGUAUUAUUUGAUUAAUAAGAGUCCAUGGUCCUGCCUUGAUGAAAAUGAGGCAUUUUUGACAACAGCAGAUUCGGCUGUAAAGUUUCUUCCUGAUGCUACAAAGUCAAUUACCGGGUGGAGGGGCCUGGGAUACAAAGCUGCAUUUCCUAUGCUAAAACCUCCUGGUGCCAACUUUUACCCUCCGGACAUGGACAAAAUGGAAUUUAAAUUGUGGAAGAGCAGUCUAUCAGAGAAACAACAAGAAGAGGCAACAAGCUUUUUUACUGUCAUCAAAAGGCAGAGUGAACUUAGUUUAAGCUCUUCUUUAUCUGAUCAUAGAGUUGAUGUAACAAAUCAUCUACUUGGCUCCACCCAUGACCUAUAUAGCGUUCCUUAUUCUGAAGAGUAUAAACCUUACCUUGUAAGAGCUGCUGAACUAUUGCAUAAAGCUGGGGAUAUAGCCAGUUCACUAAGUUUGAAGAGGUUGCUGCAUAGUAAAGCUGAUGCCUUCCUUUCGAAUGAUUAUUAUGAAUCCGAUAUAGCCUGGAUGGAAUUGGACUCUAAGCUGGAUGUGACCAUUGGUCCAUAUGAAACAUAUGAAGAUACAACUUUUGGGUACAAGGCUACAUUUGAAGCAUUUGUGGGAGUUCGGGAUGACGAAGCGACAGCCCAACUUAAACUAUUUGGUGAUAAUUUGCAGGUUUUGGAAGAAAAUUUACCUAUGGAUGAUGCUUAUAAAUCAAAAGAUGUUAUUGCUGCUCCUAUACGUGUUAUUCAGCUUGUUUAUAAUGCAGGGGAUGUGAAAGGUCCUCAAACUGUUGCUUUCAAUUUGCCAAAUGAUGAACAUAUAGUGAAGGAUCGAGGAACAUCAAUGGUUAUGCUUAAGAAUGUUUCGGAAGCAAAGUUCAAGCAUAUCCUUCAGCCUAUAGCUGAUGUAUGUGUCAAAGAGGAACAGCGGAGACUUGUAGAUUUCGAUUCUUUCUUCACUCACACUAUUUGCCAUGAGUGCUGCCAUGGCAUUGGGCCUCAUACCAUAAGACUUCCAGAUGGUCGAGAAUCUACUGUGAGACUGGAAUUGGAAGAACUACACUCAGCUCUGGAGGAAGCAAAAGCCGAUAUAGUUGGUCUUUGGGCACUGAAGUUUCUAAUUGGCCUGAAUUUACUUUCAAAGAGUUUGGUAGAGUCUAUGUAUGUCUCUUUCCUAGCAGGAUGCUUCCGCUCUAUACGGUUUGGCUUAGAGGAAGCUCACGGAAAAGGACAAGCAUUGCAGUUUAACUGGUUAUUGGAGAAAGAGGCCUUUAUUUUGCAUUCAGAUGAUACCUUUUCUGUUGAUUUUGAUAAGGUUGAAGGAGCAGUUGAGAGCCUUAGUACGGAAAUACUCACAAUACAAGCAAGAGGUGACAAAGAGGCCGCAAGUUUGCUUCUUCAGAAAUAUUGUACAAUGACAAAGCCGUUAACAGUUGCGUUGCAAAAAUUAGAAAACAUUCAGGUUCCUGUGGAUAUUGCUCCCACAUUUCCCCUAGCCAAUGAAUUAUUCAAGUGAAAGAGAAGUGAUUUGGUUUUAGGUGACAGCAAAUAAAUACACUGGAUGCAAUUAAAUGUCACCGAUUUGGUUUGAUUGGCAAUAAUUUAACAUUUUUGGUUUUUUUUUUCACAAAUUGAAAUGAAUAAAAGUUGAGUUUUAUUUUGGUCUGAAUGAAUUCUUGUUUGCAUCCUCAAAUUAUUUUCCUUAUUUAUAAGGAGGUUUUUCAUAGAA